AUGUCUGCCAGCCACAAGCAACAGCAGCAGCACACAUUUCAGGCCAUUAUUGUUCAUGCUGAGAACCAAGAUUGCCUAAGGGAUAUUUUAGUGUCACCAACCAUCACAUUAAAUCAGCUCAACAAACACCUGCUCAAUGCAUUUGACAUUCAUGAGCACCAUGUAGAUUACUAUCAAUUCUUUCAAAACGAUGAUAAACUAGAAAUCGAAACUUGUUUUGGCCUGAUUGGAGAUCGACAGCAAGAAUUGGACGGAUUUCUAACACCCAUUGCUCCUGGAGUUUAUAUUGAACAUUCACAUCCGCAUGAACCGCUUCCUUCAUUCUCGCUCUACAAACACAACGCUCAGCAAGAUGCAAACAUGUCAUUUCGUCUGCUCAGAGACGAAAGACAUGUCAGACUCAACGCUUGCUGCUUUUCUAGUAACAUAUUUUACGAGUUUCACUACAUGCAAUUGCAAUAUGGGAUGCAGCUCGAAUUAAAGACCGUGAAUUUACCUCUUCAAUUUCUAGAUGCAAUCACAUCUGCACCCAAAAUUAUACGCAAAAAGGGGGAUUUGUUUACAACGCAAUCAAGAAUGAUGAGAAGGAUCAUGAUGGCAACAGCAGCUGCAACCACAAGGACACAAUACCAUAAAUCAGCUCUAAAUGGGGUCGUUAACGGAGAUUUCCAUAAAAGAUUUGAUGAAAUCGAUGAGCAGAGUAUCAGAGAGGCGUGCAGAAGCGAGAUUGAGAGGUUGAAAGAGGAGCGCAGGUUAUUCCUACUGGAUCAGAAACGAACAACAUGUAACUGGGUUGAGCCCAGUGGUGAUCAUUGUGCCUAUUGUACAUUGCUAUGA